AUGCAGGCUAUGGAUGCUCGAAAGGUCGAAAAUGGAGUUUCCAAAGUGGAUGGAAUAGAUGAGAAUGAGCAGCGUGCUUCGGAAAGUGAAGUGCGAUAUGGCAUUAGCGAUACUAAGCCCAAGCGGGUGAAAGCCUACAUUCUGGAAAAUAACGAGUGGAAAGAUACUGGAACUGGAUUCUGCGUAGGUAAAAUAGAAAUGCACACAGAGAUUAAUGAUGACACGGAGAUGAUGCGUGCAUAUCUUAUAGUGAAUGAUGAAGAUUCGCCGGCAGAAGUUUUGUUGAGAUCGCAGUUGGGAGGAAAUAUAGAGUACCAGAGGCAGGAAGAAACGCUUAUUGUAUGGAAAGAUAUUAACGGUCGGGAUAUUGCUUUGAGCUUUGAGGAGAGUGUUGGCUGCGAUACCCUGUGCGAGUUUAUCGUAGAAGUCCAAAGACAUGUAGAAUCCAAUAUCUCAUUGGUUGCUGUCAAAUCUAAUGACAAUGGGGUUGGAUCAGUUCAUGAAAUCAUAACUGGUCCUGUGGCAUUGCCUUCAAGAGAUAUAGAACAAAAUGAGCAAACUCUGAUGGAAUCGUUGAGGAUACUGAAUGAAAAUAUCGCGUUUGAAUUUUUAAAGAAUGAAACCGUCGAAUUCGUAUUACAGACUAAUUACAUCAAUCUUUUGAUAGAAUGUUUUCAUAAAGCUGAAUCAGAGCAACUAUUGAAAGAACUCUUUUUACUGGGAUGUAUUGUAAAAACCUUAGUUCUUUAUAAUCAGAGAGAUAUAUUGGAACAGAUGGUUGAAGAUGACAAAAUAUAUGGAAUCGUUGGUAUGUUGGAGUAUGACACAGAAUUUCCUACUAUGAAAGCGAAUCACAGAAAAUGUUUGGAGUCAUAUCCACCAACUUGUAAAGAAGUGGUACCGAUAGAUAACGAAGAUUUAAAAUUGAUAGUGAAGAAGUGUUUUCGCCUGUCCCUUUUAAAAGAUGUUGUUCUUGUGCGAUUUUUGGAUGAUCACAAUUUUCAUCUCAUCCUCGAUAUCAUACUAGAUUUGCAAACAUGUAUUAUUGGCUUUUUACAAAUUGAUUCAUGUUUGGAUAAAUUACUUGAUUUAUAUGAUAAAAAAAAUGACAAAGAAGAGGGAAUCAUCAACAAAAGGAAAGAUGGGAUCAAACUAGUCCAUCAAUGUGUUCAAAUGUCCAAGAAUUUAGAUCCCAUAGAUAAAUCAAAAUUUUACAAAACAUUGGUUAGAAAAAAAUUAUUCAAGCUACUGGAUUAUGCAUUUCAUGUGGAAACUGACAGUGGCCUUAGAAUCAUGGCCACAGAUACAAUUGUAACGAUUAUUGAGCAUGAUAUAUUAUUAAUUCAUAAUGUGCAAAAUGAGGAUUAUGAUUCCCAGCAACGCAAUGAUGAACCGGAAUGCAGAAAGGACCUUAUUUGUGGUGUGAAAGAAUUAAAUUCCCUUAAUGAUUCUGGCGCUAGAAUGGACAUGUCUCUACUUCUCAUCUUGUCGACCAUCUUGUUGACGGAUAAAAGCCCUGGUUUACAAGAACAAGUUGCUCAAGCGCUACACACAUUACUUCAUCCGGACGGGUGUCUUUCAAAUGGCAACGAAAACGAAAAUAGCCCCAUACACGAUGAAACUGAUACCAGUUUGAGUAAUUAUGGCCUCGAUAGAGAGGAGCUUGGCGAUGAAAAUCCUAAUGGAAACAACGGCAAUGCCUCUUAUUUUCAGAUUGUGGAUUAUUUUGCUAAUUUUUAUAAGCAGGUUGCUCCUGUAAUUUUUAGACCUUUAUCAAAGGCAGGAAAAUCGGAUGAAGCAAAACCAAUUUUUACUUAUGAUGACAAUUUGCUUAUUCAUUUGGUUAAACUCGUUUCAUUUAUUUGUACUGAACAUGAUAGGCGACUGUCCCGAGAAUUUGUUUUAGAGAGCGGAUUGUUAGAGUCAGUGAGCGAGUUUAUCGGACCCACUCACUCUCUUCAACUAAGACUGACUGCAGUUAGAUGCCUCAAGAACAUUAUGUGUCUUGAUGAUGAUUAUUAUCAUAGGUAUAUGAUAUCAAAAGAACUCUAUCGUCCAAUAUUCCUACUGCUACAAGAAAAUAUCAAUAAAGAUAAUCUAGCUAAUUCAUGCAUUCAGGAUUUUCUCAAAAUCAUUUCUAUAAGCUGCCUGGUUAACAAGGAUGAAUUUCCAUUGGAAAACCCAAGUGUUGCUUACAAAAGAACAAAUUUUAUUCUUUUAAACAAGCAUGUGGUCCAAAGAUACGGAGAUGUUCUAUCAGAAGCCCAUGAUAUCAAGUUCAUAGAGGAUAUGAAAAAGUGCUACGAGGAGCAAAUUACAACUGAGAAAAAUAAAUGGGAAAAUGGCGAAGGCGCUGCUGAAAAUCACGGUUUGAUUCUAGUUGAAGAAACACGGACCCUCAGGAGGUCUUCACACUCAGCGUCAAGCGAUAGCGAUCCAGAAGAGAAAGAGAGGCACUCAUUCAAUCAUCAAAGCGUAAGAUUUAAAAAAGUACUUGAAAAAAUAAAUACCGUUGAACCACCGUCUGCCAUCUUAGGGGAGCUCAUGAGAGAAUAA